GGAGCGAGGGAAGGUCGCGCUCGCGCAGGUAUGUGACGUCACCUGACUGCCGCGACGCAAGACAACAGCAGCUAGCAGGAAAACGCCGAACACCGGCGGAGCGAUUUUUGGAAUUUUCGGAACAUUUGAAAACCAAGCUCAAUGAGUGGCCAGAGAUUGUCAAAGAGAAGAGGGGGGGACCUCAACUCGGAUGUUACAUCAAGUUGUGGACAUGCCUUAAAAAAACCAUGCGUGUUAAGCAAGCUCCUACAAUUACCAUCUCCCCCAUUGUCACGCCACCAAUUAAAAAGAUUAGAGGAGCAUCGAUAUAAAAGUUGUGGGAAAUCACUCUUGGAGCCCUUAAUGCAAGGGUUUUGGGAAUGGCUGGUUGGCAGAGUUCCAGCAUGGAUUGCUCCAAACCUCAUUACAAUAGUUGGACUUAUAAUCAACAUCUUUACCACUGUAGUCUUAGUAUAUUACUGUCCGACAGCCACAGAGACGGGCCCAGUAUGGACAUAUAUCUGCUGUGCUGUUGGACUCUUCAUUUACCAGUCUUUGGAUGCUAUCGAUGGGAAGCAAGCGAGGAGGACCAACAGCAGCACUCCACUGGGUGAACUUUUUGACCAUGGCUGUGACUCUCUCUCUACAGUGUUUGUGGUAUUGGGUACCUGCAUUGCUGUCCAGCUUGGCACGCACCCAGACUGGAUGUUCUUCUGCUGCUUCGCGGGCAUGUUCAUGUUCUACUGUGCUCACUGGCAAACAUAUGUGUCUGGAAUGCUGCGUUUCGGGAUUAUCGAUGUCACUGAAGUGCAGAUCUUCAUAAUAGCCAUGCAUUUAUUAGCUGUGAUCGGUGGACCGGCUCUGUGGGAAUCAAUGAUACCGAUUCUGAACGUCCCAGUGAAGCUUGUUCCAGCGUUCUGUACUGUUGCGGGCACAAUAUUUUCCUGUACCAAUUAUUUCCAAGUUAUUUUUACAGGAGGUGUUGGGAAGAAUGGAUCUACCAUUGCAGGAACCAGUGUCCUUUCCCCAAUGCUGCACAUUGGAUCUGUCAUUGUUCUAGCUACUAUGAUAUAUAAGAAAUCUGCAGUUCAACUUUUUGAAAAGCACCCUUGCCUAUACAUUCUCGCUUUUGGAUUUGUUUCUGCUAAAGUUACAAAUAAAUUAGUGGUUGCUCAUAUGACCAAGAGUGAGAUGCAUUUGCAUGAUACAGCUUUUAUUGGACCGAUGCUUCUGUUUCUGAAUCAAUACUUUAAUAGCUUCAUUGAUGAAUACAUUGUUUUGUGGAUAGCCCUGGUACUUUCGCUCUUUGAUUUAAUCCGAUACAGUGUGAGCGUCUGCAAUCAAAUAGCUUCUCAUCUUCACAUUGAAGUCUUCAGAAUAAAAACAAAUGCUGCACAUUACAACCAUCACUAAAAGACAUAAGGAAAUGAAAUGCAUGUUUCCAUGUAAGAAGGAGAAAAUGUGGAAGGAAAAUUGGAUAAAAUCUUCCUUUGCAGCUUGGUCUUGAAAUACACCCCCAAUUUCAUUUUAUGUGGGUAACACAUUUGUUUCCCUAAAAAAAAAAAAAAACGUAAGACAUACUAAAAUAUUGCAUAUUCAGCUCGACAAUAAGUGACCACCUAAAAUAAAAGGCAUGCUAAAAAUAAAGGAUUUUGCCAUUUACAAAAAAUGUAACUUGAAAACAUUGCAGGCUUCAUAAUAAUAUUUUAAGUUAUUUUAAAGAAAACUCCAAAAGGCAGUUGCAUCUCAGUUUUAAUAUACAGUAUAAUUUUAAUUACUUUCUCCCCUGGACUACUUUUUCAAAAUAAAGUCAAGUCAAAACUUGUAGUCCCAUGCGUGUGGUGAAUAUAGAGAGAAACAACUCAUAAAAAGUUUGGGUUUGGUGUAUGAGAAGUCUAAAUUGUUUUAUUAGUAACUCUGGAUGCAUUGUUAUGGUGCUCUAGACUUCAAAUGGCAUCGCAAAUGUAAGAUUGUUUUAUAAUACAAAAGUAUUUCUCCCUCCUAUUUAAUAUUGCGUUUACUGUUUAUAUUUUGUAUUAAUUCCAGGGAAUAUGUGCCUAUAAUAAACAGUGAAGUUACACAUUUUCAAA